CCGUCUGCAGGCGGAGAGAGUCGGACGGCGCCCGGAGCGCGGAUCUCGCCUUGUGGAGGACAGCGCGUCGGCUGCGGUUCUCUCCCGACCCCUUCUGCCCGGCGCUUCGGCCCGGGCCGCUCAGGUGCAGACAGGAUCUGUGGAGCCAUACAACUCACUGUAACCUCAAACUCCUGGGCUCAAGGGAUCCUCCCACUUCAGCCUCCUGAGUAUCUGGGACUACAGAGCAUGAAUAAUCUUUCAUUUAGUGAGCUAUGUUGCCUCUUCUGCUGUCCACCUUGUCCAGGGAAGAUUGCUUCAAAAUUAGCGUUUUUGCCACCUGAUCCAACUUACACACUGAUGUGUGAUGAAAGCGGAAGCCGUUGGACUUUACAUCUGUCUGAACGAGCAGACUGGCAGUAUUCUUCUAGAGAAAAAGAUGCUAUUGAGUGUUUCAUGACUAGAACCAGUAAAGGCAACAGAAUUGCUUGUAUGUUUGUACGUUGCUCACCCAAUGCGAAAUACACUUUACUCUUCUCACAUGGAAAUGCUGUUGAUCUUGGUCAAAUGAGCAGCUUUUACAUAGGACUAGGAUCACGGAUUAAUUGUAAUAUAUUUUCAUAUGAUUAUUCUGGAUAUGGUGCCAGUUCCGGGAAACCCACAGAGAAGAACCUCUAUGCAGACAUUGAAGCUGCUUGGCUUGCUCUUAGGACAAGAUACGGCAUUCGCCCUGAAAAUGUGAUUAUAUAUGGCCAAAGUAUAGGGACAGUACCGUCUGUGGAUCUUGCUGCUCGAUAUGAGAGUGCUGCUGUUAUUCUUCAUUCUCCUCUGACCUCGGGAAUGCGAGUUGCCUUUCCUGAUACCAAGAAGACCUACUGUUUUGAUGCAUUCCCAAACAUUGACAAAAUCUCUAAGAUAACCUCUCCAGUAUUAAUAAUUCAUGGGACUGAAGAUGAAGUCAUUGACUUUUCACAUGGCCUCGCAUUGUUUGAACGUUGCCAAAGACCUGUGGAGCCUCUCUGGGUUGAAGGAGCAGGUCACAAUGAUGUGGAACUUUAUGGACAGUAUCUUGAAAGGUUGAAACAGUUUGUGUCACAGGAACUGGUAAAUUUGUAAAAUAUUCUGUAAAUUUGCUACUGGGUUUUCCUUUCUUGCUGAACUGCACUCUUUGGUAAAUAACAUAAAACCUGAAGGUUUUGUUUGCAAAUCAUGUCAGUUGCCUUCAUAAAUGUACAGGUAAUGAUUUGUUAACAGACUUAAUGAAGGUUUUAAUUACCAGAACUAAAAACUGGAAAUAACAGUACCAUGCAGUCAGGCUGUGUAAUUUAUAUUUUUUCUGUGAAUUUUUUUUUAACAUCAAGAUGAGUACUGUAUGAGAUUUUAAUUCUAUAAAAUCAAAUGCUGUAAAAGUAUUGCCAAAUGCUUUUGCAUACUAGAAACAAAUUUAUAAAUAUUUUUAAAACAUCUCAAUAUACUAAAUCUUAUCCUGGAAUACAACUGUAAUAUUUUGAAAAAAGCUAUGUAUCUAAAGCAAUUUAAGUACUCAGAAUGAACUGUAAAAGAGAUUUAAAACCAUGCAAGUUCACUAGAAUUAACCUAAACCCUGUUGUACAGGGAUAGAGGUUUAAAGUUAUUUUAUUGUAAAAUACAUUGAAUUUUCUGUAUACUCUGAUUACAUACAUUUAUCCUUUAAAAAAGAUGUAAAUCGUAAUUUUUAUGCCAUCUAUUAAUUUACCAAUGAGUUACCUUGUAAAUGAGAAGUCAUGAUAGCACUGAAUUUUAACUAGUUUUGACUUCUAAGUUUGGUACUGUGAGGCAACUACUUAAAAUUUUCAUGCUGGUUAUUUAAAAGGCAUUUAGAGAUUUCAAGAAUGAUUUUGUAUGCGAUGUUUUAAAUUUUGACUGAUCUCAUAGUCUUCAUAGAAUUGCAGUAGUCUUCAUUGUAUGAAAUCCUGAAAGUCCAUGAGUUAAUCUUAAAGACCACUAACAGACUGGCUAUCAGAUCCCUUUUCACUUUGGCUAUUUUUUUAAUUUUUUGAGCUGGAGUCUUGCUCUGUCACUGAGGCUGGAGUGCAGUGGCGCGAUCUCGGCUCACUGCAACCUCUGCCUCCCAGGAUCAAGUGAUUCUCCUGCCUCCGCCUCCUGAGUAGCUGGUAUUACAGAUGCCUGCCACCACGCCUGGCUAAUUUUUGUAUUUUUAGUAGAGACAGAGUUUUGCCAUGUUGAUCAGGCUGGUCUUGAACUCCUGACCUCAUGAUCUGCUCUCCUCGGCCUCCCAAAGUGUCAGAAUUACAGGCAUGAGCCACCGCGCCUGGCCCACUUUAGCUAUUUUUAAAAAUAGGACCUAUUGUUUUGGAUUACUAUCUGAGAAUUUCAUGGAUUCACUCCUGGGUAUAGGAGAUAAGAAUACAUUUGAUUCAUAACUUUUAUAUUAACCAAUAUAGUAAAAAAAUAAAGCUCACACAUGCAAAAACUAAGUUGCCUUUCCUUGAAUGAACCCUGUCUGAAUAAAACAAUGAAAGAAAAAUAAAAAUAAAAUUAAUGGUAUGUAGUCUAAUUUGUAAAUGAAUGAAUAUGGAAAUAAUACACACUGUGGAUAUAUUUUAAGGCCUUAUGUAGUUUUAAUUGUUCUGCUUGUUCCGUGGUUAUGUUUAAGACUAUAGUAUAUGACUCUCUUUAAACUAUAUCAAGUAUUGUGAAUGCUUUGGUUCAGAUGUGUCAAAUUAACAGUAAAACAACAAAUAUACCACUGA